UAAACCCUAAUUCAAGAAAAGCCUUUUCUUUUUCCUCUUCUUCACUCGUUCGAGCUAGGAGUACGCUCUUCAAAUUCUUCUUCCUUUUUUUCUUUUGGGCUCUACACAAGGUUUUGGAAACUUAAAGUUCCUGUUCUCUGGAGAACUCAUGGACUAGUAUGGUUUUAUUGGUUGAGUUGGUCUUUCUUAUAUUGACCCAUCUUUCGGCAAUCCUUGUGCAGGGAGCUCUUAUACAACAUGGUGAUUUAGUCAGUGCAGUUGGCACAUAUACAGAUUCUUUAUAAACAUUUUGGAUACGUUAGUUGCAAGGACACAUAUGGCUAGUUCACUGCCUGGUGAUUCUUCUCAUCAUGGAACAAACCUGCAGAAAUAUUCUCAGGAAAAACUAGAGGAAGGCGGUCGUUGGUACUUUUCUAGAAAGGAAAUUGAAGAAAACUCUCCAUCCAGACGUGAUGGCAUCGACUUGAAGAAGGAGACUUACCUACGCAAAUCCUACUGUACAUUUCUACAGGAUUUGGGCAUGAGACUGAAAGUGCCCCAGCUAACAAUUGCUACAGCAAUAAUUUUCUGUCACCGAUUCUUUCUUCGUCAAUCUCAUGCAAAGAAUGAUAGGAGGACUAUUGCCACGGUGUGUAUGUUUCUUGCGGGGAAGGUGGAGGAGACUCCCCGUCCGCUGAAGGAUGUUAUCCUUGUUUCUUAUGAAAUCAUUCAUAAAAAGGAUCCUGAAGCUGUUCAGAGGAUUAAACAGAAGGAGGUAUAUGAACAGCAGAAAGAAUUAAUUUUACUUGGAGAGAGAGUUGUACUUGCAACUCUUGGUUUUGAUCUAAAUGUGCAGCACCCCUAUAAACCUCUUGUUGAUGCAAUAAAGAAAUUUAAGGUUGCUCAAAAUGCCCUUGCUCAGGUGGCAUGGAAUUUUGUGAAUGAUGGACUGCGCACAUCUCUUUGCUUGCAAUUUAAGCCCCACCACAUUGCAGCUGGUGCCAUAUUUCUUGCUGCAAAGUUCCUCAAAGUAAAGCUUCCGUCAGAUGGCGAGAAGGUCUGGUGGCAAGAGUUUGAUGUCACCCCACGCCAAUUAGAAGAGGUGAGCAAUCAGAUGCUUGAACUCUAUGAACAGAAUCGGCCUUCAACUAAUAAUGAAGCUGAAGGAAGCACUGUAGGUGGGGUUUCACAUCAGACCACAUCAAAAGCUUCGUCUGGCAAGGAAGAACAUGCAACAACUAACAGUCAUUCUCAGGCUGGAGGUAUAACUUCGAGACCAGGAACCUCAAAGUCAAUGUCACUUGCAGAUAAUCGUGGUGGGGCUCCAAGAACCACCCAUAAUCAAGGUAAUGAGCAUUUAAGUGGAGAGAUGAAGAGUGCCUCUGAUCACAAUGCUGAUGGUGAAUCUUCAGAUUAUGUAGACCAAGGAAUAGAUACAUUGUCUCGCCAUGAGAAUAUGGGGGAAGCUAACACAUUGAGACAUGCAUCACAUGGUAAAGAAGAUCAGGAAAGGAAUGUUGUGAGAAGUGAAAUCAGUGAAGCAGGGGAAUUAAAAGACAAACAUUUUGGUCGAAAUCUGGAAAAUAGAGAAGGUACAGUAGGCCAGUCACCCCAAGAUGCUAUUAAAAAGAUUGACAGAGACAAAGUAAAGGCAGCUUUGGAGAAACGAAAGAAGUCCAGGGGUGAUGUCAGUAGGAAAACUGACUUCUUGGAUGAGGAUGAUUUCAUUGAGAGGGAACUGGAAGCUGGUAUCGAGCUAGCUGCUGAGAGUGAGAAGAGUAAGCGGGACAGGAGGCAGAGCUAUUCUAAGCCCUUGGACAGGCAAAGGCAUGAAAACCCGCAUCAUGAAAACCAUCAAGAGGAUGCAGGGGAUGGAGAACGUCAAGGAAUGAAGGGGCAUUUGUCACAUAAAUCAGAUUUGAACAUUAUGGAAGAAGGGGAAGUUCCUGAUGAUAUGGACCGGGGAUUUCAUUCGCCCAAGUCAAGCAACCGCAAGCGGAAGUCAUGGAGCCCACCAGAAAAAUUGCCUGAGGGCAAGCAUCGGAAUGAUUAUGUGCCUGGCUCACAUCAUUAUAAUAAUCAUGAUUACUUGGAUGACCGUAACAGGAUGAGCAGGCUUGGUUAUGUGGAGAGGGAUCACUAGAAAGCACAGUACCAGAAGAUGACGUCUGAGAGGUGAAACUGUUCCCUGAAGCACAUAUUUAUAAGAGUUUCUCCUUGGAUGGGCGUAAUAGUUUUGAAGAUCACAGUUGCUGUCAACUGUCAGCAAUCCUGUACCGAGUAUAUCAAUAUUGGGUAUAAAAAAUGAACUUUUUUUUUUUAAGUUGAUUAUUUGGACCGAACUUCCAUAUAAUUUGUAAGAAAUGAGUUUAUUGAAGUUCUGAAGUUACUGUAUUACCAUGGUCUUGCCCGCCAGUCUCUUUUUGAAAUGCUUGGAAUCAUCGUCCAUGUAUAAUAAUGAUGAUAAUUUUUUAGAGGAGUUAUGAUCACACUUUUAAGAA